AUGACAGAAAGCUCCCAGUCCCCUGAGGAAGCCGCCGCCGCCGCCGCCGCCGCCGCCGAAGACCCGGAAGUUCGGAGGCCCAGCCGCAGCCGCCGCAGCAGCAGCAGCCGCCCCAGCAGGAGCCUGGAGAACGCCAGCCGGCCCGACCGUUCCCAGGCCACUAGCUCAUCCAGCCUUACCCCGUUCGCCGCUUCUGAUGUUCCCCCGGCCGGGGCUGGGACCGGAAGUUUGCUUCCUAACUAUACAAACAACAAUACAGGAGAAGAACCAUAUAAAUGCAUGGAGCUUGGAAAGAGCUUUAAUAAAUCUGAUCAUCUCAUUUCCCAUAAAAAGACAUAUUCAGAAGAGAAACGAUAUACCUGCAGGGAGUGUGGAAAGACUUUCCGUGAUAAUCAUUCUCUUAGAACUCAUGAAAAGAAAUACACAGGAGAACGGCCUUAUAAAUGCAUGGAGUAUGGAAAGACCUUUAGUUAUGGUAGUAAUCUUACUAUCCACAAGAGGAUCCACACAGGAGAAAAGCCAUAUCGGUGCAUGGACUAUGGAAAGUCCUGUUCUCAUAGUAGUUGUGUUAAUUCCCACAAGAACAUUCACUCAGGAGAGAAGCUGUCUAAAUGUGUGGAAUGUGGAGAGAGCUUUAGGUGGAAUUCUAAUCUUACAUCCCAUAAAAAGAUUCAUACAGGAGGGAAGCUAUAUCAAUGCAUGGAGUGUGGAAAGACCUUUACUUGUAGCAGUACUCUUAAUUCUCACAAGAGGAUCCACACAGGAGAGAAGCCAUAUCAAUGCAUGGAAUGUGACAAGACCUUUACUUAUAGCAGUACUCUUAAUAGCCACAAAAGGAUCCACACAGGAGAGAAGCCAUAUCAUUGCAUGGAGUGUGGAAAGACCUUUACUUGUAGCAGUACUCUUAAUUCUCACAAGAGCAUCCACACAAAAGAGAAACCAUAUAAAUGCACGGAGUGUGGAAAGGCCUUUACUCGUAACAGUAAUCUUAAUAUCCACAAGAGGAUCCACACAGGAGAGAAGCCAUAUCAAUGCAUGGAGUGUGGAAAGAGCCUUAGUUGUAGUAGUAGUCUUACUUACCACAAGAGGAUCCACACAGGAGAGAAGCCGUAUCAAUGUAUGGAGUGUGGAAAGACCUUUACUUGUAGCAGUACUCUUAAUUCCCACAAGAGGAUCCACACAGGAGAGAAACCAUAUCGAUGUGUGCAAUGUGGAAAGGGCUUUACUCGUAGUAGUAAUCUUAAUUCCCACAGGAGCAUCCACACAGGAGAGAAGCCAUAUCAAUGUAUGGAAUGUGGAAAGGGCUUUAGGUGGAAUUCUGAUCUCACUUUACAUAAAAAGAUCCACACAGGAGAGAAGCCAUAUAAAUGUAUGUAGUCUGGAAGGAUUUUUCAUUGUAGCAGUAAUCUUAAU